GUUGAAAAUUUCCUUCCUGUUAAUUUUAACUAAUAGCAUGAUGCCAAUGAGUGGGAUGAUGCCACCUACCCAUGGAAUGCCCCCAAUGAUGCCAGGCAUGCCACCAGGAUUACCUCCUCACAUGGGUCAUCACCCUGGCAUACUCCACAUGGCUCAGGCCCCUCCUACUACCACCCGGCCAGCUGUGCCUGCCACCACAGUAUCCACGCCACAGCCGAGUGUCUCCAAGCCACUAUUUCCCAGUGCAGGACAGGUCCAGCAGGCUGGUUCUGGUGUAGCGGUGAGCUCCUCUGCACCACCUUCUGCUGCUCCCAAACCAACAUUCCCAGCUUACACCCAGUCCUCCGCCACUGCUGCGGCCAACACGAGCAGCACUGUGGCCAAACCGGGCACCCCAGUCACAAGUAAGCCUGCCACCCUCACCACCACCAGUGCAACCAGUAAGUUGAUCCACCCUGAUGAAGAUAUAUCACUGGAGGAGUUGCGAGCACAGCUGCCUCGCUACCAGUGUAAAAUCCCUAGUGCAGGACAGACCCACGUAACUUCCCCUCCAGUUGCACCAAUGGGAGGUGUGUUGCCCCCUCAGCAGGGCAUUCCUGUACAACAGCCAGGUGUUAGGCAUCCCAUGCAAGGGCCAUAUGGUGCUCCGCCGCAGGGAGUGCCUGGGUACGUCGCAGGAGGAAUGCCUCCUUACGGUCAAGCCCCACCCAUGGUCCCUCCCUUCCAGGCCGCUCCCCCUCGGCCCGCCAUUGGCAUGAGACCCCCUGUAAUGUCUCCUGGAGGCCGAUAUUGAAGCGUCACUACUGGUCUUCAUUAGGUUUGGUGAUUCAACCAUUUUACCAUCUAGUGGCGUGCUUUACAAUCCAGAUCAGUAACCGUAACCCUUCUUGCAAUGAGGAGAUGGAGUAAUCAAACUGUAUAGCGCAUGGGACAUUUAAUUUUGUCAAGUCUAUUAUUUGGACCUACCCUUUGUUGCAGAUCAUGCAGUGUGGCUUUUUUCUCAUGUUUUGUUUAGGUUUUUAGAAGUGAAGUGUAGUAAAUAUGGUUCGUAUUAAUUUGAAGCGGCUGGAGUUUCGUACAGCACCUUUAUCAAGGCAAGUCACUGUAAAUAUACUACUGUACUAAAAGUGUGAAGCCUUCGCAGCACCCAUAGGUGCUGUUGGGCAUCCUGUCCCCAGCGUUGCUUGGUGAGGGCUUCAGAUAGCUGUCACUGUUGGAUUUAUUUUUCUAUGUCUGCUUGUCUACAAUUACAGUGUUCUCUCUGUAGGGCCAAUAACAAAAGGACUCCUGUGAAUGCUAUCUGUACUGUUCCACUAUGAAUUGUAAUAAACUAUUGAAAUCUAACGGCUGUUUUUUCAUUAGCAAGUAAAGGACAACCUCACAAGGUUUGUACUACAAAUGAUCCACACGAUGGCUGUUAUUUGUAUGAAAGCUGUGUUUGCAGUGUGCUGGAAUGUGUUUGUGGGUGAGAGGAAAACUGAAGCAUUUGCAUCCACGUUCCUUUCAUAUUAAAGUUUGGAUUUAAAGGGGUCAAAUAAUGAGCAAUCAAGUUUUCCUUGAUCUUUUAAGGUAAAUUAGUUUUGUACCAUGUCAAUUUGAUGUAACUGUUACAAUUCAAAUCAUCCUCCUCAGUCCAAAAAGACCGCCACGAUAACAUCUCACAACUUCUGACAUCAGUGAACAACAGACAAACUAACAAUAGAAAACUGGCUGAAGGUCCCCGAUUAUUUUAGUCUGAUCCUAAUAGUUUGUUCUGCAACAGAAAGUGACAAGGCGAUAAAUGGAAAAAACUAAUUACGACUAUUUUCGAUGGGAAAAAAUAAUGUAGUGAACAUCGGAAGUAAAUGUAUGAUGACCCCUUUAAAUUUUCAGCUUCUUAUGCAAGGACAUAUGGCUGCUAGAUAAAAAGAAAAACAACCAUUCAGAUAGCAGUCUUCCUGAAAAUCACAGUCUUCUGAGAGGGAUUGAAAUAACGCUUGUGAACCUGAGAAUCAUUUAUGUACAGGCUACAGCUCAUUACUUGUGAUUUUCAGGAAGAGGCAGGUAAGAAAGUGACUGUAGUUCACUGUGGUUGUUGUCCUAAACUGAGGAUUUCUCUUCUCC